AGUCAUUCACCGGUUCGAACUUCGAACACCGGUCGGGUCUUAGAAAGGCGAUCCGUAGGUCGUAGAAACUGCUUCCGCCGCAUUCUGGUUAGCACAUCCUCCCUCCGCCACCGCCGCCUGCGCCGAUCCCCAUCCAUCCCUCCCGCGAGCGAGCAGGGGGGCCAGGGGCGCCGUCGUUCGUCCUGCUGCUUCCGCCGCAUCCAUCCUGAUUCUGCUGACUGCAAGAUGAACUCUAAGCGUAGGAGGAGUCAUAGUCCAGUUGAGCACUUGGAAGGCAACAAUAAGGAGAUUGAGAUUUCUGGAAGGAAAGAUGACUUAAGAGAUCUAGAGAAUGACUCUAGUAAUGCCAGAUCAGGCAGAGGUCAUGAAUAUGUCAGGCAUUCUGAUAGGCAUUCUUCUGGAGCACCACGUGAUUCCAGGAGGCAUGAUGAUUAUAGGAGGUAUCAUGAUAAGCGUGGUGAUGACAAUGACAGGGGCCAUAGAAUCUCUCGGUCAGAACGGGAAUCAAGGUCUGACACUUAUUAUGAUCGUACAAAGCGUGAUGGCACAUCUGAUAGAUCACGCGGUGAUUGGCGAAAUGAUGACAAAUCUUUAAGGAGAGAACACAGGAGUAAGAACCAAGAUAAGCAAGAGCCAUCACGUGAAUAUCCUAGAUAUGAUGGAGAACAUGACAAAUAUUCAGAUGGAAAAAAACAAGGACACACUAGCAGAAGGUAUCCAGAAGAAAAGGAAAGUAAGUACAAGGAGACUGCUAAGCAAGAGGAGGCCCUAAAGAAGAGAACUGGCAAGGAAAUUGAAAAGAUGAGUUCCGUAGCUGAACCUGAGGUGGGAACUAGGGAGAAGAGAAGUUUAUUUAGUUCAGUUGGGCCAGAUUUUGAAAAUGCACAACUUAAUGAUAAUGCAGACACUUCUGGGAAGAAACCUUCACUUGACUGUUCGAAUGGUGUAGUCUUGGAUAACCCUACAUCAGGAUUUACUGUAAACAGUGUUGAUGCAGCAAAAGUUGCAGCUAUGAAAGCUGCCGAAUUAGUGAACAAAAACCUUGUAGGAUUUGGAGUUGGUGCUGGGCGCCUGUCCACAGACCAGAAGAAAAAACUGCUUUGGGGCAACAAAAAGAGUAAUCCUCCAGAGUCAAGCGCUCACUGGGACUCGAAUCUGUUUCCUGACCGGGAGCGCCAAGAGAAAUUCAACAAACUCAUGAGUCUGAGGAUGCCUUGGUGGCUAUGGCCUAUUAUUGUAGGGAGUGAAGAGCAGCAGCAGCAGCUCAGCCCAGGAGAGCAAGGUCGACGGCAAGGACGGGAGCUCGUCGGAUGCCAAGAAGCAGGAGGAGCUGGACACCGACCUGGAGAAGCAUUACAUCGCAGGCCUGCGCCGGAGAGACGGCCGGACCGUCGGUCUUGGCCUGUAGAAUGCCCUGCUUACAGCAUUGGAGAACUACUCUGGAGCUCGUUUUGUGCAGACAUUGCUGGCAUGUUUGGUACCCUUGCGUGUGAAUGUUCACCUGGGUUUUCACCUGUGAAAGUGCAACUGGGUUGUUUUGUAGUAGCGCCUAAACUGCUGUUCCUGUAUGAUGCAUUAACCACAAUGAAGGGAGCAGAUAAACUCACUUCCCCCAUGCUAUUUGCUGCUUUCAAUCAAGUGCAUUUUGGCAAAGACGUCAAGAGACAUCAGGUUUGCGAACCAGUUUCACAAGGCCAGAAUGCCUUGAUUUUUAUUAGCUGUUUCCAUAAAGGUUAAUCUAGAGUACAUAUGCGUGGAUGCUUUGAUUUUUUUAAUAACAAAGUAUAAAGUUGGUUGUUAUGAAUAUAUAACCAAACAUUCAAAAAACAUACAUAUUAUGUAUAAUAAACAAUAAAAAGAU